AUGGCUCUGAUCCUCUCUUCUAUAACCGUUUUCACCACCUUCAUCAACCUAUAUAAGCCAACUUCACCUUCAUUCAACAGGUUAACCAUCAUUUCCAUAAAUUCACUCUUCGCCCUCUUUAAAAAUUCACUCUGCAACCUCUUCUCUCAACCAUUUUUUCUCCAUUUUCUUCAUUCCUCUUCUUCAACCUAUUAUCCUACCACCACCUUUCAACAACUUCACUCUUUAUCCCUCGCUGAACGCACGCUCACAAAACCUCUGUCACCCUCAACCUUCAUCUUCCUCACAGAAACUCUUUUCCAUCAUAAUCACCUUCAAUCCUUCAUCUUCUCCCUUUCUCUUUACAACAAUCACAUCAACAAUCCUCCUCAUCUCUGUGCACAGUGCAACAUAUUCGCAACGCAAGGACUAGAAGAAUUAUGA